AAAUAUCACCCGGCGCCCCUUUGCCCAAGGAAUCACCUCUUCACAAACUCUACCUCUCCUACUGCCUUCAAUCAUAUCUCCAGCGACAUCUUACUUUAACCUCCGAUGGUCACCUAGCUAUUUGCUUCAUUCUAUACGUCUUGCAUCGGCAUGACGAUGGGCCGUGUGAAGUUGUUUGCUGCCUGCCAAGCUGUGAUCCUUGCCUUGGUCGCACUCGCCUUAUAUUUUCAUCCCGACAUAACCUCUAGCCUGUACCGGCCGACUCCCCUUCGGGGCCAUGAUUCUCCCGAUCCUUUGCGGAGCAGCAUCCUGUCGCGCGACAACCUCACGGCGUAUGUCAGUGCCAUCCUGGAUCCUGACGACACGCAUAUGCCGAGACUGGAAUGCCCAAAGCCCGAUCUGGUUCGGUACGAAUACUUGAAACCAGCGUUUCGUGAACCUUCCGAGAUACGAUACUUCUUUGCCCUGAAUCUCCGAGCAUGUCUCCCACUUCUUCCACGAUUGAUUGGAAGCGUGGUGGAGGCCAUCCGUUUCCUUGGACCGGAAAACUGCGCUAUAUCGAUCGUUGAAGGAAACUCUCCUGACGGAACCGCUGAAGUACUCGCGGCUUUGCAACCUCACCUGGACAAGUUGACGACGGUGCAUCUCGAACUAUCGAACGACAUUGAUCCACUCGCAGGUGCCAGAUUUACCAAGCUCGCCGAGUUGAGAAAUUUGGCUCUUGAGCCAAUGCUCAGCGAUCCAACUCGAUUCUCCAACACCACCGUUAUUUUCCUGAACGACGUCGCCAUCUGCCUGGAGGACAUCCUGGAGCUGGUCCACCAACGCCACGUCCUUGGCGCCGACAUGACGUGUGCCUUCGACUGGAUUUACGGCGAGGAUGAACCGAGUUUCUACGAUGUCUACGUAGCACGCGCCAUCAAUGGCGACACCUUUUUUGAGAUCCCACCGGACCUGAGCUGGAGAUUCUCAUCCAAUCUCUUCUGGAACGAGCCCACCUCCCAGGAACGCCUCGAGGCGCAUAGGCCCUUUCAGGUGUUUGCGUGCUGGAAUGGAGCUGUGGCCUUUACGGCAGCCCCGCUGGUGGAGGGGAGAGUAGCUUUCCGAUCGUCCCGGGCGGAUGCAGGAGAGUGCCAUCAGGGCGAGCCGCAGCUGUUCUGCAAAGACAUGUGGUUCCAGGGGUACGGGAAGAUUGCCGUUGUUCCCAGUGUAAACUUGGAAUACUCUAACGAGAAUGGGAAGCGGAUUAAGGAGGACAAGGGAUACGUGUCGCAGUGGAUCAGCCAGGGCGCUGGGCCGGAGGACAAGGUCGAGUGGCAACCGCCUCCGGACCAAGUCAAGUGCAUGCCAACUUUUGACCAGCAGACCUGGCGUCCAUGGAACGAAACCUUGACUUGAUGAGAAAACUGCACAACGCCUGAUAAAAUUAGAUUUGCUGGAUAUAUAUUUCCACCCUCGGUACAUAGACUUCCUCUCAAGACUCCAAAUAUCACGUCUUGGAUGUACUGUGAGUAGGCAGCCAGGCUGUCAAAGUGUGUGCAACAACAUCCGCUUUACCAACCCAGAAAGCGACGCUUCCUUCCAACAGCUCCGGAUUCGAGGUGACCCCACACGAGGCAGCCCAGCAUGUAACUAGACAAAUUUGGGAAAGCCCGGGCGGUCCAGAAUAGCCUUCUGUGUUUUUUCCAUCUUGGUUGCAGGCUGGCGGAUACACGGCACUGGCAAGCGGGUUACUCACAUUAUCACAGAUGAGGAGUCCCAGAC